UAGGAAAUUGAUAGCAAAACCUUUAUAUUAAGUCAAAACAACUUCUAAAUUGUAAUUACUUUUAGUUAAUAAUAAAUUAUGGCAGAAAACUCUUUAAAUAUACUAAUCGGAGUGACUGGAAGUGUUGCUGCAAUAAAACUACCUGUUCUUAUUAAGAGUUUACUGGAUAUCAACGCAAAAUAUAUUUUUAAGAUUAAUGUUAUAUGCACCGAACACGCAAAACAUUUUAUUAAUGAAAAUGAUUUGACACCAUUUUCUCAUCAUUUGUAUGAUGAUGCUUUGGAGUGGAAAAGUUGGCAAGGCAGAGGAGAUCCUAUAAUACACAUUGAUUUGGGAAAGUGGGCAGACAUGAUGGUAAUUGCACCGUUGGAUGCUAAUACACUAGCUAAAAUAUCUCAGGGUAUAUGUGAUAAUCUGUUAACAUGCACAGUCAGGGCAUGGGAUAUGUCUAAACCAUUGCUAUUCUGUCCUGCAAUGAACACGAGGAUGUGGGACCAUCCCAUCACAUGUAAACAAAUAGCAGUAUUGCAAGAGUGGGGUCAUGAAGAAAUUCCUCCGAUUGAUAAAAAGUUGAUGUGUGGGGAUAAAGGUGUAGGUGCCAUGGCAGAAGUUGAAACAAUCGUGCAUAGAAUUAGAAGUAUAGCUGACAAAAUAUUUGAAGAGAGGAAACAAAAACCAACAUAAAAAAUAUGAUAUUACUAAUAAUAUAUAUUUUUUAAUUAUGUUCUAAAAGACUGAUAUUAUACAGAGUGUUCACAAAAUAAUAUAUUUUUACUUUCAUUAAAUUUUUAACUAAUAAUUGUAUUAAAUAUCUUGUUAUUGUUAUUAAUUAAAAGGAAAAAAUUAAAGGCUUGUUUUAUUGUAAAUGUAGGUUUAUUGCAUCACUGAAUACUGUUUCUAAAGCUAGCAUACAUGCAAUGAACAAAAUAAACUCAUGUACACAUCACAUACAAAAUA